AAAAUCUCUGCGGCAUCAGCACCCCGUCUGUGCAAAGUAGCGAUACUGCAGAUACAGGAUUAAGCACAACCGCACAGACCUAUCGCGAGCGCAGCUGUGGCCCUUGACUUGUCCCAUCACAUAGCACAGCGUCUUACCGCCUCCCAGCCGGAAGGCUGUUAGCGACAAGGGUCCACGGGGGUGCCGCUGCCACAGUUGCAACAAGAGCGGAGCUGCAUUGCAGCUACGGCUCUCCCUUACUCCAUAGUUAGACCCUCGGUGCAGCCGGGUUCCCAGCUGCCAUUGCCGCACAUGGUGGCCGCGAAACACUUCGACACGCGGCGUGGAACCCGAUCCUGCCAUAAUGGCUUCCUGGCGAUAAUCACUUGACCCCUGCACAUGUAACGUAGUACAGAAGCCGUCUCCUGCUGAGGUCAGCACGCAAACCUAUACCAAAUUAUCAAUUUGAGCGGGUUUGACAGCCCACCCCGUGCAACGAGGCUAGCGUGCAAUUCGGUGCACUAAAAGCAAUAAUGAAUAAGUAACUGUAAAGCAAAGGCGAUCCGGAAGCGCCAGUUCAUCAGGUCGCUAACAUGGCUCCAAAGAAGGCCAAAAAGGAGCCUGAGGAAGAAGUACUGGACCAGGCAACCUUGGAGCAGGAGGCACAGCGAAAGGAGAGCGAGCGGCUGAAGGAGCUCGCGCUAGACACGGGGCUUCUCGCUGAUGAAAUUGGGCGCGUGACCACCCAAUUGCCGCUGUCCCGAGCUUUGGUUAAGGCCAACGGCAAGGACAUUAUUAAGAAGAGUACCAACCGCAAGAACAGGUACCUGGUGGUUAUCAAUGUGAUGCUGGCACCUGCCGUGGCCGGCCGGUUGGGCACGCUGGCCCGGCUGGACAGCCGCAACCCGGUCAUGUACCUGGAGGGCUUCCCGCCAGGCGGCCGCGGGCGGCUCAAGCUGUGGGGCAGCCACGUGUUCCCGCGCGCGCGCUUCAUGGCCCUCAAGCUGGGCACGCAGGCGGCGGCGGCGGAGGACGUGUUCGAGAGCAUGCUGGUCUUCUCAGAAGCCUGGUGGAUUGGCACCGCCGAGGAAAACCCAGAAGAGCACAAGCUGCCCAUGCCGCCCUCCCUCACCACCGCGACGGAGCAGGGCGCAGGCGGCGCGGCCGGGGCAGGCAUCACGGACGGCGCGGCGGCAGCCGGCGGCAGCGCAGGAGGUGGGGCGGCGGCGCCGCUACACACGGUCUAUGACUAUGCCUACGGCGCCUGUGCCAAGCCGGGCGAGGCAGGUGGGCCGCCCAAGCCGUCCGCCGCGGGUGGCAGCAUCGCCGCGUCGCAGGACCCGGCCGGCGCGGUGCCGCUGAGCCAGCUUCCCACUGGCGGCACACAGGCCGACGACGCGGCGCCGCCAUCCUCCCAGAGGCCGCGCCGCACCGCCGCCCGCCGCGCCUACCGCGACUCCCCCAGCGACGACGAAGACGACGAAGACGGCAUGGGCGCAAUAGCAGAGGACGACGGCGAGGACGGCGACGGCGAUGUGGUCAUGCUGGGCUCGCAGCGGCGCCGCGGCGGCGGCGCUGCAGCCGCGUCCACGCCGCUGGAGGUCGGGGCGGGUGGCGGCGGCGCCGGCGGCGGCGGAGCCGGCACGGCACCGCGUCGCGCGGCGCGCACGUCCGCCCUGAAGCGCAGCUACAAGGAGCUGAGCGAUGAUGAGGAGGGAGGCGGCGGCUGCAAGGACAGCGGCGAGGAGGGCGAUGGCGAGGAGGCGGAGGAGGCGGAGGAGGAGGAGGACAGCGAGGAGCGCGGGCGCAACAAGGCUGCAAAGAAGCGCGCCACGCCCGCUGCCAAGACCAAGGCCGCCGCCACGCCGCGGGGGCAGCAGCCCGCCUCUGGCCGCAAGACGCCGGGGACGGCCGCGGGCAAGAAGGCCGGCCCGGUUAUAACCGUUGACGAUGACGAGGAGGAGAAUGGGGCUGCGGGCGGCUCACAGCGGCCAGCAGCUCGCAAGCCCGCGGCUAAGAAGGCACCGGUGAUUGUGCUCGACGACGACGACGAUGACGACGACGAUGAUGAACAAGAAGAAGAGGAGGAAGAGGAGGACGAGGACGAGGACGAUCAGGAAGCCGAGGAGGAGGGUGACGAGGAGGGCGAUGAUGAUGACGGCGAGGAGGAGGAGGAGGAGGAGGAGGAGGACGGAGAGGGUGACGGCGACAGCAGCGAAGACGGGGUGGAGGAGGCCGACGGGGGCGACGGUGACGAGGAAGAGGAAGAGGGGACAAAGUCCGCUCCCAAGCGGAAGCCAGCGGCAGGCGCCGGCGCGCGCAGCCGAGGCGGCGGCACGGCGGCGGGGCGCGGUGGCGGCCGAGGCGGCGGCCGCGCGGGCGCAGCAGCCGCUAGAAAGCCGCGCAGCGGCGGUGGCGGCAACAAGAAGAAGGUGGUCGGUAGCAACAGCGAUGGAGAUGAUGACGACGACGAUGAUGAGGCAGUCUCCGAGGAGGAGGACGAGGAGGAGGCAGGACCCUCGGCCAAGGAACGCAAGCCGCCGCCGGCGGCGGCCGCAAAGCGCAGCCGCGGCGGCGGGGCCCGCGGCGGCGGCAAGGUGGCGGCGGGCGGCAGCGCCGGCAAGGGCAAGGCGCGGAAGCGUAAGGCCGCGGAGGAGAGCGAGGAGGAAGAGGAGGAGCCGUCAAGUGAGCCGGAUGACGACGACGAUGAGGACUGGUCAGGAUGAGGGGUGAGCAACUGCGGUAGGGCCUGGUGAAGGUUGUCUGCACGGGCUUGAGUCUUCCUACAAGCAUGCCUACGUUGCUGUGUGUCGGCUGGGCGCGAUGGCACAAUGGCACUUCUGUGCUAACUUGGCUAGCACCGGCAUACGGCUGUGAGGUGCUCAACCCCGUGGGGUCGGCGUUAGGUGGGUCGUGGUUGCUCGCCUGGGCUCGUGAAGAAUGAAGCGAGGCACAACUGCACAGCUGCAACCAGCAACUGUCGCUCACUCAUUCCGGGAUGAGUCGUUGCACUCGGGGGUACGUCAUUUCCUGGCAUCCCUGGGGAUGGGGAAUGCCAACUUCUGCACAGUGCUUCAAUGGGCUCUUCGACCGUGGAGCGAGGUAAAAUGCACAGUUGUAAUCAGCAAAUGCA